UGUCUACGAUGAAGCUAAAUUUUUGUUUAGUUGUAUUUAUUUCAAGCUGAAUUGUGGGUGACUGUCUGUUAAAAUGUAAAAGGAUGAUUUUUUGUGCGUGCGACGUUUGAGGCGCUGUAUUUUCAGGGGCUCCCGGGCAGCGCCGAGUGUCUGGGAACCCUUGUCUUUUUCCGCCCUUUAUAAUUUUUUAUUUCUGAGUUUUCGUUUUUCGCAAUCACUCUUCCAGUGUCCCGUUUCUUUACAGUAAUUGCAAAUCGAGGAAUUAAUUUGUUGCAAUUUUUCUUGCCAAUUUAAAUUGACAGAGGCGCUUGUUUUUACUUUAUUUUGGGCGGCCUAAUGUGGCUGAUGGUUGGAGCGGGGACUAGUGCUAUUGUUAGCCGCCGCGCGAGGCUCCGCCCACGGCUGCUGUUUGGGCUACUGCCGUUGCUGUUGCGUAGUUAGCCGAGUCUGAUUUUGAUUCUGCGGUAUUCGAUACCAACAGUCUUUAGCUGUGUGUUUUGGCCUAUUGCAAAUUUGGCAGGUGUUAGUAUCUUCCGCUUUCAUUAAUCGAACAGGCUCUAUUUUAGGUUGGAUUAGCGCUUUUACUGUUUCGGUUAUUUCCUCAGGUUCCUGUACGUUGAAUUCUCGUUCAAUUUCUAUUGCUUUAGUUGUAGCUAAUUCUAAAUUUUCGGCUUCCCCCAUACGUGCUUUGAUGACCUAAUAUAAACCGCGGAUGAAGAAUUUUACUUUGUCUUUUUCAAGUUGGCUUUUAAAUCCAACAUAGUUUCGAUUUUCCCUUACUGCUGCUUCAAAAAGUUCGUCAGCUACUGUUUUCACUCUAUUAAAAAAUAUGACUACAUUCUCACCACGUUUUUGUUUUAAGGUUGCUAAUUCGCCUGUUAAUUGAUUACAAGUUUUUGCUGAUCCGAACAGUAGGUUUAAAAAUUUAAUCAUUUGUUCUACAUUAUCAAACGUUUUUCCUUGCACGCUUUUAAGUGCCUCGCCGCUUAGUUUAAUUUUAAUUAACUUGGUGAGAUCAUUUUCAUUGAUUGUCGGGACUAUGCUGCGUGCCUCUCGACAACCGUCGAUAAAUGAGUGUAAGGGUAUGUUAAAUCCAUCGAAUUUAGGUACGAAGUUAACAGCGUCUUUCAAGCUAAAAUUUUUUAUUGGCGAUACUAUGUUUUGUGUGGAAUUCAUUAGUCCUGUUCUGAUAGUCCCCGGCGUAUAAUACGUAGUAAAUGGGCUGCUUGCAAAAUUAGUUUUGUUUGUAGAGGCAAAACGUCGCGUUGGAGUGAAAUCAACUUUUUCCGAUUUAUUAUGAGCCAUUUCUGGUGAUUUGGAAGCGGAUGGUGUGUUAGUCAUAGAUACGUUUGUAGUGGGCGCGUUAUACAUGUCUGAAUUUUCAAUUGCUGUCUCGUAACCUGUUUAAUUUUCGAUGAGCUCAAGUAAUGGAAAUUCAGUUUUAUCUAAUUUUAAUUUUUCAAAAUUUAUAUCCGUAAUAGCGUUAAGGAGGAAUGCUGGAUUUAAAUUUUUACUAGUCAUUUCAAUGAGGGUAUCGAAUAUUAGGUCAUCUUUACAUAGAAAGUCCAAUGGGUUUGUAUCAAUGUAGUCUUGUAAAUUAUAUUUUAAUCUUUGUAAUUCUUCGACUCGGGUAAUUUGCUUUGUUUCGGUGGGUGGAUGUCUUUGAUGUAGAUAUGUGAGACAUUCUGUAAGCGUAGGUUCCCUGUUCAUCCCAAAGUUUGGUUCUAUUUCGCUAAUUUUUUUAAUUAGUAUUUUGAGUGUAAUUAGUUUUCGUUCGUAAGGUGUUUCGACCAUUGUAAUUUUUUUUGCGAUAAGAUCUUAAUUACCAAGAAUAAGGGGCCCCUAAUUGUUAUGUCUAUGCGAGGAGAUGUUAGUGCUAGACGUAAUAAUGUAUAAAAUACUGUCGCAUUGGUAAAAGUUGGAUCUUAGUCAGGAGUUAAACAGAGGUUGGUUAAAGGGAUAGCGCCUUUAUUAUAUGGAGCGUGUUUAGGUAGAUAACUUAGUUUCUUACCUUGUUAGGACUGGAUGUCAGAAGAAGUUUUUACAAACAGUCUCAGGUGUUUGCGCUUGAUUUAAGAUUUAUUGUUUAAAGACAAUUAUAAAUCUUAACAGAGUAUAAUCCCGGUUCUAAGUAGCCGGAUAGUUAGACUUAAAAAAUAACUUUGCGAAACUACCAAACUACUGAAUUGUCAACUGUGUACUCCGUACUGUGUUGUGCGAAUUCCAAUCCAGCCUUUUUAUACCGUAGACUGAUAUGCCCCUUCCUGUGUUUUCGCCAAUUUAAUAUGCGGUGAGUAAUAUUCGCGGAAAUAUUAUGGAGACGUGCUUAGACUAAUCUAUCCUGCUAGAUAGAUUUACAAAUCUUCCCGGGAGGGUUGAUACGAUAGGAAAUUAAAAUACCGAUACCCGGUUUGUUACCAUAACCCGUUAUUUACUUAUCAUAAUUACCGUAUAAUUACGCUCAUGCGGCUUGCGUAACAUAUCGGAUGUUCGCCAUCGUCGAAUAUUUGUACAAGACAAGCUUCCACUGCAAAAAACGAACCAUCGCAAUGCAGAUCGUACUUAUUCACUUGCCUUUUCUCAUCUCCGUUCUAUACUCCUCUCAAAUAAACCACCUAUUUAAAUCAUGUGCGCACAAGCGCUCCAAGCCAGUUGAUAGCCGCAUCCAUAUAGGACAUAGAAUCACACUGAUAUGAUUUUGCACCAGAGCCAACGAAUACAUAAAUAGAAUAGAAUAAAAGGUGAAUACGGCACUGGUCGAGCAGCCGACGCAACCUAAUAUUCAAAAAUCUAGUGCCGGAAUUUCUAGGGUCCCUGAGAGCAAUUUUCUCCAGCGGCAACGUUGCUGAAUAUAGACAGAAUCAACACUUUAACUAAAAGUAAUGUCAUGGAAAAGAUUAUUUAUUUAAAUAAAUUAAUGGAUAGAAGAUAGUCAAGAAAAAAAUGAUUAUCAAAAUGCAAUAAUGCUGAUGUGUAAACAUCUUUUUAAGAAAAUUGGUUGCAUGUAUAUUCAAAUAUAAAAAUUUGAUAAGUUUGCAAAUGGUAUUAAAUUAAUCAUUAUCAAAUAAUGAGCGAGUUUAAACUUCAUCAUCUAGUUGUAGAACUACUUGAACUAUUGGGUUCUACAGCAGCUCCAGAGAAACAUGUAGAACGGUUACAGAAAGAUGGAGCAAUAAAUAAUCCUAUAGCACUGAAUACAGUAGCUACACACAGCUGUAUACGACAACUUACAAAAAAUUCACCAAAUCAAGAAUUGUUCCUGAAGAAGUAUGAAGAGUUAAAAUCAAAAAAAGUGGACUUAUUAGGCCCUUUUGUAGGUUUAUUGGAAUUCAUAUCUGUUGAUAGAGAACUCAAGGAAUAUUUAGCAAAAAAUUCAUUUUCAUUAGUAGAAAGUUCUCCCAAAACUUCAACCAUCACCAACGAAGACGUACCUAAGAUUUUCAAAAAUGUUAUUAAAGCAGUUGUCGAAGGAGAAAAAAAAUUAAAUAAACAAGCUUAUCCUUUGAGCAAACAAAAUGAAAUUAUGCUGAUGAGACACUCCUGGUCUACAGAAAGGCCACGACUCUCAUGGGAUUUUCAACCUGACACUACACUGUCAAUAACACAAAGAGUUGUUCCAUCUGUAUCCCAAGAAUCUAUUCUUCUUUGGGAUAUAUUACAAUGUUUAAAAGGAAUAGAUGGAUCUUACAUAAUUUCUGAACCUUUGCAAAAUCCAUAUAAUCCAAUAACAUUUAAAAUAUCCCAUGAUGUUGGUAUAUCCUUCAAACAACUUACUCAGCAAAUACUUCCACUAGCUUCAUACUAUUCCAUGACUAUUAGAUUCGUUGAAGAAAAAGUUCUUCCCGAUGAUGGACAAGUUAAUCAUGCUUUGAGAGGAGCUUUAAGUUGUUUACUUAGAGAUUAUUUGUUAUUUAUUGUACAAUUAGAAAUUGAACAUAUACGUGGGAAAUUAAACCUUCAAAAAUUGUGGUUCUAUAUUCAGCCUACUAUGUCAACAAUGUCGGUAUUAAACAAAAUCACAUCAACAAUUUUCAAGGCAAAUGCUAAAGGUGGAAAAGUUUUAAGUCUUCUACAUGAACAAAUUAAUAAUAUGAGUGGAGAAGCCAAAUGUAAGGAAUUAUGUUUGUUUUUGAUUAAAGCAGCUAGUGUUCCAUACAUGCAAACGUUAGAAAAGUGGGUUUAUAAAGGUGUAAUUUGUGAUCCAUACCAUGAGUUCUUUGUUGAAGAUAACGAGCUGAUUCAGAGAGAAGAAUUACCAAUGGACUAUUCUGCAGAUUAUUGGGAAAAAAGAUACACUAUGAGGUCAGAACGAAUUCCAAUAUUUCUCAGUGAACAUGCUCAAACUAUACUUAGGACUGGCAAAUACUUUAAUGUCAUAAGACAGUGUGGUAAAACUGUUCAGUGGGGAAAACAAGAACCAUUAGUUUAUCAACAUAGAGACCAAAAAUUUAUAGCUGCAAUUGACAGAGCAUAUUCCGAAGCAGCACGAACCUUACUUGAAGUUUUGAUGAAAGAAAAUGAUCUUAUGGGACGAUUACGUAGUGUUAAAAAUUAUUUUUUACUAGCUCAGGGAGAUUUUGUUGUGCAAUUUAUGAAUUUAUGUGAAGCUGAAUUAAGUAAAAAUAUGUACGAUAUAGUUACACAUCGGCUAUCGUCUCUUUUGGAAGUGGCGUUAAGAAUGUCAACUGCUGAUUCAGAUCCUUACAAAGAUGAUUUGAAGCCGGAAUUGCUACCUUAUGAUCUUCAAUAUCAAAUGUUUAGAAUUUUAUCAAUCCAAACUACAGAAGAAAAAGAAUAUUGUUCUCAAACUGGCAAAGUUUUAUCUGGUAUAGAAGCGUUUGUCUUUAAUUAUGAUGUUAAGUGGCCGGUAUCUCUGGUUAUAAAUAGAAAAGCUAUUGCUUGUUACCAAAUGUUGUUUCGACAUUUAUUUUACUGCAAACACGUUGAAAGGUUGUUGUGCAGAGUGUGGGUCAGCAAUAAAAUUGCGAAAACAUUCACUCAUGAAGUUGCAAUGGCCUACCGACAAGCGUUCUCUUUGAGGCAACGUAUGCUUGACUGUGUUCAACAUCUUGAGUAUUACAUGAUGGUGGAAGUCAUAGAACCAAACUGGUUAACUUUUCUAAAUAAAAUGAGCAAGGUCAGUAACGUUGAUGAUGUGCUAAGUGUUCAUCAAGAUUUGCAAGAUAGCUACUUGAAAGAAUGUAUGCUGACAGAUCCGGAACUUUUGGCCUGUAUAACUGGUCUUUGUGCAGUGUGUAUUGAGUUUUGCAAAUUUAUGCAGCGUAUGAGCCGCUACUUCAUUGACGCAGAGUUGACUUCUAUGAUCAGUGCCUGUCAAGACGACGUCUUUGAACCAGAGUCUGAAUGUAGUGGCAAUUCAGUAGCCGAUGGAACAAGUUUUGAAGAAAAAAUUGAUAUUCUGGAUAACCGAUUUACCGAAGUACUAAUACGUCUUUUGAAUAGAAUUUGUGAAUUGGGUUGUGACAAUAGUAAUGAAAAAUUAUUGAACGUUGUAUGUCGGUUGGACUUCAAUCUUUUUUAUACUCAAAUUCUCAUGCAAAAGGAAGCUGAAAAAAAAUCUCAAGAUGCAUCAGGAUAAUUAUAAUAAUAUUACACAAUUUCGAAAUCACGUCGUAUUAAUAAAUUAAUAAACGAAUACACUUGUGUGACAUAAUGAAACGAAGAAUCUCAAGAUGUAUUUACAAAAGUAUUACCAUUAAUUGUUAGCAGUUAGACAACUGCCGAAGGCGUUAAAAAUUAAUCAUAGAGUAGGUAUGUAAUGAUAAAAUAAAACAUUUAAAAAGUGUGUACAGAAAAAAGAAUGGAAAAAAAUGUAAAGAAUGUGAUUAUUUUUAUGUAUGCUGAAAUAAUAAAUACAAUCAUUUUAUAUUAUUCCGUUG